AUAAUAAUAAUAAUAAUAGGGGCAGGAAUAUUAAAACAUGCAGCCCGCGGGCCGCCCCCACAGCUGCCAUGAGACACGGCGCCGGAGCGGUGCCACUGCUGCUCAACAUGUACCUGCCAGAUCCAGUCGGAGAAACUUUGUUCAAAGACGGCAAGAGCCAGGCGUGGGGGUCCCUCAACCCAGGCGUGCAGAAAGGCAGCGGGCAGAUCCAGCUGUGGCAGUUCCUGCUGGAGCUGCUCUCGGACCGGGCCAACCUCAACUGCAUCGCCUGGGAAGGCACCAACGGGGAGUUCAAGCUGAUCGACCCCGACGAGGUGGCGCGGCGCUGGGGCGAGCGGAAGAGCAAGCCCAACAUGAAUUACGACAAGCUGAGCCGGGCGCUGCGCUACUACUACGACAAGAACAUCAUGACCAAGGUGCACGGCAAGCGCUACGCCUACAAGUUCGACUUCCACGGGCUGGCGCAGGUCUGCCAGCCGGCCGCCCCCGAUCACGCCCUCUACAAAUUCCAGGGCAACCUGGCCCCGCUGCCCUUCUCGGGCAUCUCCAAACUCAACCUCAUGACCUCCGGGGUGACGCCGGCCGGUUUCUCCUACUGGCCCGGCUCCAGCCCGUCCCUCUACCCCGGGCACGGCCUGCAGCCCUCCGCCCCGUUCAGCGCCAUGGCAGCCUCCCACCUCAACAACAUGAACAACCACUACCAUUAGGGGCUCGGCCGCGCCAGGCGGUCCCCGUCCCGAUCCCGGUCCCGUCCCGGGCGGUGUGGGGCUGGGGAGCUCGGCGGGGAGGGGUGCGGGGGGGUGGGAUGCUGCUGCCCUGCUGGCGGCUGCCCCCGUUGAGGUUUGGAGAGAGGCGCGGGGUGGCCGUGGGGCAGUAGGGUUUCUUCUCCCUGGUGUGGGUGGUUGGAGGGCAGAAGGUGUCUGCGCUUAGGGUGAGGGGGGAGCCACGGUCGUGGGAAUGCACAGGGAUGGCUAAGGAGGGGUGUGAACGGGAGGGAAAAGCGUGGGUCCUUCCCUGACCCCCCCCAACCCAUGGCCCCCACUGGUGCUUAGCUCUGCCCCCAGCCUGUGCCCACCCUCCUCCCUCCCCACAGAGCCGCCUUGCCCGGGGGUGAGGGGCCCUCCCUGCAGCUCCUUGGCCCCCCACCCAUCUCCAAGGAGCGAGGCUGGGUGGAGGUGGAGCAGGAGAAGGGACGCGAGCAGGGCUGGGAGCCCAGGGCACUGAGGGGUGGGCUUGGAGCUCUCCCCCCCCGGGUCCCAGGAGGUGCCCCCCCUCCAGAGCAGGACUUUGACCCAGUGGCUGGAGAAGAGCCGGGCGUGCCGGGCUCUGCCAGGCAGGGGAGGGAUCUGGCUUCAAUAAAACGGAGAGGUGCUGUGACUGUGUCUGCUCGUGUGCGCAGGGGGCUGGAGAGGGGGACGCAGCCCGGCACACCCCUCCUGUCCCCAGCCCCACUGCAGGGCGGGGAUGGGGAGGAUGCGGCCACCCUGCCUCGUUCUGCACCUCGUCUCUUUCCCCAGCAUCACCUCUGGCUCUUACAGCCCCCUGAAGUUAGGGGGAACGUCUGGGCUCCCGGGACACCCCUCUGGGGCAGCCGCCUGCCCUGUUCCCAGGCUGGCGAGCUGGAGACAAAGAGGAGAGGCAGCCUGCCUGCCGGGACAUCUGCCACCUCGCUGCCGUCCGGGGAUCGGCCCUACAGGCAGGAGCCAGACCUCUCGUGAUCCGCAGAGCCCUGUGCAACCAGCUCGAGCAGUGCACCGUGCCCAGCAUGGCCCGAUCCUGCUGCGCGCG